GGAGGGAGGAGGAAGAAAAGUGCAAGCUAUGUUCGAGGUGAAAGACAGAGAGGAGAAGAGCUUGUUGUUGGACGUAGUUUGAGAAGAUGAAAGGAAGCGGUCUUAGGUUGAAGAUUAAAUGAAAGAAAGGAGAGAAGGAGGAGGGAAUGACGAAUCAUGUCUCUUUUAGAGGUCAAGUCCUUGCCGCAAGACCUCAGCACUGAGGACACAGACCAAGACACACACACAGACAUACACGCCAACACAGACACGCACACUGACACACACUCCAACACGCACUCCGACACAGACACUCACACCGACUCAAACAUAAACAUAGAUACACUCUCCUGCAUGCAAACAGACACACACCUGAACCCACAUCCAAACACUUGCACAAACAACACACAACCAGAGACGCAACCACACACUUUUCAGAGCUCACACACCCAACAAUGUCUCAGAGACACUGCUGCCGCUGAUCGACAUGCAAGUGUGCACAGCCAAGAAACGGAGGCUGUUAUAUUCGAAGCAAUUUGCAUUCAAACAAACGAUCCAGCACAAAAGCCUGUUGUCUCUGAGGACUCUAGUUCUUCUCCUGUUGUGAUUCCCAGAUGGAACAGGAAACCAAUUCCUCCUGUUCCUCCUGGCCUGAAACAUCCAUGCAUCCCUCCCCUCGUCCCCCCCAAAAGAAGGCCCAAGCCUCCACCAACCCUUCUCCCCAAGCAACAUGCUCCUGUGCUGGGAGGAGACACAGAAGAAAGCCCAGGCUUAAGCCUGGGGCCUCCAGGGCCUGGAGUUCAGGCUUCGUUAGCAGAGGAUACAUCUGCCAUGUAUGCAACCGUCAUCCAUAAGUCUCAACAGACGCCCCCCCGCCCCCAUGGGGUGGAUGUCUCAGGGGAGGCUUCAAUGACACCGGUCCCCAUCCCCAAACCUCCUCGUAGGAACAGACCCAACCCCAUGCUCCAGGAACCAGUGGUGGGGACCCAGGAAGGUCCAGACAUGGAGACCUGUGCUGGGUCUGUCGUAGAAGCCACGUGCUCCCUCCAAGCCCUCCAUCUGGCUCCUCCAGGGGCGGAGUCAGUAAAACAACCCAGAGAGAUGUUGUCCACUUCAGGGGACCAGGGUUCUGGAACCCUCACAGCUCUCAGGCAGAUGGAAGAGGAAGACGAAAAGAGGAAGAGUGCCAAGGAAUCGGACCAGUCAACAGUGGGUGAGCUGGAGGAGGAAAGGGGCCAAGGACAAGCUGUGUGCUACCGGGGUUCCCUCAGCUCCUUAAGCUCAUUCAGGCUGUUCUACAACCCCACCAGCCUGGUUGAAGAGAUCUUCACUGGAGAUGAGUGGUCAUCCUACCUGUUUGACAACAGCAACCCCUCCCCCUCCCAAUUUACCGGCCAAUCAGAGGUGGAGACACAACCUCUAUGUGGCGUUGACCAACCACAGUCUGUACCAGUGCCACCCCUGAUCAUAUCUGACCACUCAGAUGAGGGUACCCAUAGCAGCACUAUGGACCUGCCAGAUUACGAGAUUGUGCGCCAAUAUCAAGAAUGCGUGCCGGUGGACAAGCAACGGGAUGAUGCACAAGAGGAAGUAAACAAUAAUUGGAGAGGCAGGGACAUUGGCAUCAUACCAAAGGCUGUGCUGGCCAAAGGUGCUAAACAGCUAAAGGGCCCUGUAACCAAGCUCAAGACCGAGGACAUCUAUGACAACAUAGACCUGUCCUGUGUGAAGUCUCUUGGGGUUCUGGAUAGCUCCCCCCAGAAACACAGAAUCUACCUGAGCAGGAAGAGGAAGAGCCGACGCCCACGAAAGAAGCCCAGAGGAGACAUCUUCAAGAUACCACGAUUUGGCAUAUUCAAAUCUGCUGCCUAUCCCUCCGUCAUCCCAUCAUCACCUCCAGUUUCUUCCUCUUCCCCCACUCCCUCUUCCUCCUCCCUCUCUCCAUCCCUCUCUGCCUACUCCCCUCCCUCUCCCUCUAAUGGUUUCUUCUCCUCCUCAAUUUUCUACCCUGCUCCUUCAUCUCCUCUCUCUCCUCUUUCCAACGACAAGGUGGGGCCGCAGUUCAAGACAGAAGAGGACGGUACCAAAUAUGGGGUUUCCAGUCCCAGAUCUUUGGCUAAGUUCAUGAGCAAUUUGAAAGAGAAAGCAAGGAGGAAAAACAAGCAGUGAAGAGAGACCUAUGGAGCACACACACAUGCACACACACACCUACACAACACAUGCAUGCACAUGCCUACAGACACAUACAGAGCUAUACAGGCACAUCUACACACUAGCAUACACUUACACAAACCCACAAACACGUACUAUAACAGUGAUAAAUAUGACAGACAAGAGGGAAGUUCAUGUCUGUGUCCGAGAAGUCGUGAGCUGUCCUCCCUCGACAGUGAUGAAAUUGUACAAGGGUACUUCUGUUCAUCUUGUACCAUACAUUUAACACAUUAAAGGACAUGUUUCACAUUCAUUUUGACUGCAGGUUAAGAAGUUGCCGGUUCAAAUCCCCUUUGUAUAUCAUAUUGGAUAAAAGUGUCGGAUAAAUGAAUAGAUCAUUAUUUAAGAACCAAAAUUUACUUUAACAUGGGUUUAACAAGGGGACCACCGUUUAAAAUACCGGUUUCCUUUACAGCCUCUAUUCCAAAGAAAAUUAAAACCUUUUUUCUCACCUGUCUAAACAAAGUAUUUCAUUAAUGAGAAGUUAAAACGUUGAAGACUUUUGUGCUGAAAAUGUGUUGUGAUUAGAUUAAAUGUCUCUCCGAAAUAUGGAGUACAUCUACAAUAAAGUAGUCAUGUUUGUUACUUGACUGAAGAUCUCAUGUAGACAAGAGUAUAGGACGGUGCAAUUUUCUUUUUGAAAUUUUGCACACAGCUAAAAAGCAGAAGUGCAUUCUGAAUCCCCAUCAUUAAGUCUGUGACGCAGCAGCAUCACCUAACUAUAAUAUUUUAUAAACUGUCUCUUCCAAACUGAAAUCAACCAAAUAAGAAGGGAUAUUCAUAAUCAACUAAUCAACCAUUUAUCGGUACAUGUCGUUGUCCUGUUGAGGACAUUCUUGUAGCACUGUAAUCAAGUAUUGAAAUGUUACUAUUGCACUGUAGUUUUAUUUUGAUUGUAAUGCUGUAACCGACUGCUAAAUUAAUAAAAUGUAAUUUAUAAAACUC